CAUUGACCUAAAUUUUGACUAGUUACCCCUUGACUCACUUGUUUGUUUGAUGUCGAUUUCGUUUUCACACUAUCCCUAAAAAUAGAAGGAAAAUAAAAAUAAGAAAAAAAUGGAUGUAUGGGUAACAUUCACCAAGUGGUAUAGUUGGGCUCCAUUCCAAAUACAUUUUGCAAUAAAUUGCACAUGCAAAGGCAACGGUCAAGUGUUCUUCAACAAUUCCAGGUUCUACCGCCCAACCAGAUCCACGCGCCACAGUCCUCCCUCGCUCAUCUCACCAUGGCGGCCUCCUCCGCCGCCGCAGUCGAUCGGCUGAACAGAGAAGACUGCAAGCGCACCAAGCACGACUCUGCUUUCUCCGAAUGGAAGAUAUUGGUAGGGCCGAAUGAUUGGCAAGACUACGUUUCUGGGAUUGAGGGAGCCGAAAGAUAUAGAACUCAGAACCUUCCAAAUUGUGCUUCUUGCCCCGGAAUCUAUGAGCUCGGCAUAACACCUUCGAAUCCUAGGCGAGAGACGGCUAACCACAGAGUUGAUUCUGCAAUUGUUGUUCCAGUUUAUGUUGGACAAACUGACAAUGUUAGGACUAGACUUCAGCAGUACGGACGGGAUGGCUCACAUUUAGAGAAUGGUUGCUCAAAAGGUGAUUUGUCUUGGGACAAGAAUGCCCUUUGCAGCAAGGGCCCUUUGUUCUUCACUUGUGCAUUCUCCAGAGGCCUCACUGUUGUCUAUAGGUGGGCUCCGAUGAAAAGCAAGAAAGACGCCGAGAAGGCAGAAGCUCAACUGCUUGAUAAGUUUGAUUAUGCUUGGAACACAGACAGGCAUGGAUCGGUUUGUAUAAGGUCACCAGCUAAGGGAAGAAAAAGAUGUUGUGAACACAAGGGGAUGAAGAUCAAUGGUUCAUUGAAUUCAAAGUUGAUUGCUGAUGACGGGAGUUCAAAUGAAACUCUCAUUUGUGGCUUUGUCUUAGAAAAUGGUUCCCCUUGUGCGAGUAAACCGUUUGGGAAAAACAAAAGGUGCAUAGAGCACAAGGGAAGGAGAAUUCAUGGGGUUAAGAAGUCAUUAACAAAGCAUAAUGAUUAUCUACAUAUCUCAGGGGAAGACAGUAGUAAAAAUCAAUCUGACACUCAAAAAGAAAAUCCUCUUAAAACUAGUGAUGAAAGAAGCAAUUCCAUCCGAAUUUGUGGGGCAACUUUGAAAAACGGAUCCUCUUGCAGAAGGAAACUUGCUGAAGGUAAUACCAAUACGCGAUGUUGGCAGCAUAGUGGAAGCAUUAACUAAACUGAAUCAAGUCCCAAGGGAAUGCGACUUACUGUUCAAAGGCUUCAAAACUCAUAUGUACAUUGUAGCAAAACCAGACCAAAUCAAACAAAUCCAAUAUAUCUCACUCAAGAUGACGCUCCAAAGUUUGGCUGGAGGAGCUCGUAGGGGGUGAUUAUCUUGGAAAAGCUGUUCAGGUUGUGGCAUUCAACUUUUUACUUAGAAUCACUUUGAAUUGGCAACAUCAUGUUGGGCAUUAAUAGGCACUUCAACCUUUAUGUUGUUCCAAACAUCACCGAUGCCACUGGACCCAAUCUGUAAGAGAUGUCAAUCAAAAUAUAAAGAACUCGCGGGGAAAAGCAAAAGACAUUUACUCUCUUUGUAUUGAGAAUGCAGGAAGCGUGAGUCUACAUAUUUGAUGCAACUUCACAUCCAUUCGUCAUCACUGGUGCGGUGUCAAACGUUACUAAAAGUAUUGCACAAAUGAGUGUCACGGACGGUCAAAAAACCACUGUAUCAUCAAAUGGAAAGGUAUUGGGUCCAUGGUCAUCCCUGAGAAGGUAAUGAGCUCCGAGUGAAGAACGAAGUUCAACCAUCUUUUUUGAAUUGAAUGAGGUGUCACAGGUAGGGGCAAGCCAACCAAGGCAUUCCAGAUACGGAGUAUAUACUAACUCAUUUUCUGCAUCAGUAGUAUAAAAAAAUGGCGAACAAGACCACUUCAAAAUCUGGACAUACUCUUUGCCUUAAUCCCAAGAUAGCAUGUUGAUGUUCAUCAAUUUUCUUAUGUUUUUAUUGUUGUUGUGACUUUGUCGUUUGAUAAUAAGUGUGUGUCUAUUUG